AUGGAUGCGAUAACAACGUACACGAUUGAAAAAUAUUCUCCAGAAUUAUUAUGGAUCGUCAUAGUUGGAUUCCUCGUUGCUUUUAUACUCGCGUUUGGAAUCGGAGCCAACGAUGUUGCCAACAGUUUCGGUACGAGCGUCGGAUCAAAAGUCCUCACGAUAAGGCAAGCCUGCAUAUUGGCGACAAUUUUCGAAAUACUCGGAGCCGUUCUAAUAGGGUAUAAAGUGUCGGAUACGGUUAGAAAGGGUAUUUUCGAUUUGACAAUGUAUAGAAAUUGCGAAAAAGAACUCAUGUUGGGAUUUUUGUCGUCGUUGUUCGGGAGCGCAGCACUUCUCAUCGGUGCGACAUUUUUCAAAAUGCCCGUUUCCGGUACGCACAGCGUUGUCGGUUCGACUGUGGGUUUUUCGUUGGUUCUCAAAGGAUUUCAAGGGAUUAGUUGGAACACUCUUUUGACGAUAGUGGCUUCUUGGUUCGUCUCUCCGGUACUGUCUGGAACCAUUUCGGUGGUUUUGUUUCUCGUCAUAAGGAAAUUCAUUCUUCAAACGUCGAAUCCUUUGAAACACUCUGUUCGUUCUUUGCCUUUUUUUUACGGUUUCACAAUUUUCAUCAAUGUUUUUUCGAUCAUUCACGACGGACCCGAACUUCUUUACAUGCACGAUAUCGAACUUUGGGUCGUGUUAACCGUGAGCGUCGCCCUAGGGAUACUCACAGGUCUUGCCGUUCAAUUUUUCUUUGCUCCCUAUUUGAAAAAGAAAAUCUUAUUGGAAUCGGAUCCGAUGAAACUUCAACCGGGUUCAAAGGUCAAUUUUUCGUGUGGAGAUACGGAUGAAUCGUCGAGAGAAUCGAGUCCUCAAAAAUCUCGUCCCGUGUCGAUAAUCGUGGAACAAGAAAAAAAUAAUUCUGUGAUGGCGAAAGAGUUGUCGGAUUUUUCGAAAACGAAUUCGGAUGUCGCUUUGCAACAGAAUGGAAAGACGAAAAAUUUUCAAAGUUUUUUCCGAAAGGGAAUUCUCAGGAUAAAGGGAGAGAAUUGUUUGGAUCAACGGGAUCAUACGCAGAAAUACACGACGAAACCUUCUUUCACUGUCGGAGAAACGAAUUUGGGAGUGAAUAUGAAUCCCAAUUUGGGUUCAAAUAGCUUACCUUCAAGCGGACAGGUGACUCCCUCGACAGGAUUGACCCCCAACAGCAGCGCAGUACCACUUGUUAGAUCUAAGGACACCAAGCAUGUGAAUUCGGUUUCGCCGGCGGAAGACAAAGCGAUAUCCCAAGAUGAUCCUCCGGAAGUGAGCAGAUUGUUUUCAUUUUUACAAAUUUUAACGGCGACAUUCGGAUCGUUUGCACACGGCGGAAAUGACGUCAGCAAUGCGAUCGGACCUUUGAUUGCUCUGUUUCUCAUUUACACGAACGGGGAAGUGGAUUCAAAAGCUCAAACGCCGAUAUACAUACUCUUGUACGGAGGAAUCGGGAUUUCCAUAGGGUUGUGGCUUUGGGGUAGAAGAGUCAUAGAAACGAUCGGUGAAGAUUUGACGAAAAUAACUGCUUCCACGGGAUUCACGAUCGAAAUCGGAGCUGCUUUCACCGUUUUAAUGGCGUCGAAAAUCGGUUUGCCCAUAUCGACGACCCAUUGUAAAGUCGGUUCGGUUGUUUUCGUCGGUUGGGCGAGUUCGUCGAAAAGCGGAGUCGAUUGGAAAGUUUUCAGAAAUAUAAUAUCGGCUUGGGUUAUAACGGUACCUUUGUCGGCGGGUUUGAGUGCUGCUUUCAUGGCUUUUUUUAGAGCCGUCGCUACGUAA